AUGGACCGAGACUCGUCUGGCACGGGUGCCAAACUGCUGGCGGUAGAGAUGAACGACAUGGAGCAUGGCGCCCUCUGCAGCCGCUGCGAAAAGGCUAUCACGGGAGAGACUUCGCCCUCCAAAUUCUCACAUCUGAAGGUUUUCUUAGUCUUUAUUCUCUGCCAAGUUCCUAUCUUGGGACUGAGUUUCCUUGCCUUCCAUACCUUCCAGACCAGUGCUGGGGCCGAAACCAAAGGCAUUGACCAGCAGGACUCGGACGGCAUAGUCUCAGUCCACAGCGAGUGGGCAAAGGAAAAUGCCCUCCCAGCAACGAUCACUCACCCGAAUGAACCGGCUUCCAAAAUCUACCAAAUCAACGUCUUUCACGCACUUCAUUGCUUGUACCGCAUCAGAAACAGACUCACAUCAAAGAUCCCACUCGAGAAAUGGCCGCGCAACGACAUCCACACCAUGCACUGUGUAGACCACAUCCGGAACGACCUAAUGUGCCACGCCGACAUUUCACUCUCGGGAUCAGACGAGUACGUUUCGUUCAACUCACACAGCCACCACCAGAAGUGCAGAGACUUGGGUGCCCUUCAGAGGUGGGCGAAACGACACAGUUGGACUGGCUACAAGGAUUACUUGGAAGGCGUUGUCAGGUAUGAUUUCAACGAGGCGGAGCGUGUGAAUAUGGCUAUGGCUGGCAAGGGGCACUGGAACAAGGCGCAGAGUGCUCUUGAUAGGGAGACUGGGAAGAUUGAGCUUUGGUUUGAGGGGGCUUGA